AUCCUCGUCCCUCUCAAAAGCUUUCUAUAAAAGCAUAAGCCAUCCCUCAAUGCUCGCUGGUCCUAACGAAAUCAAGGCAUGUCUUCCUCCUCCUUGCCCGAGUCACAUCUCCUUUAUUGCCUCCACUUGUGCACAGGGUGAUGGCAACCAACACCCUCUUGACUCUUCCUCGCUCGACCCUUUCUGUACUUGAAGAUUUGGAGAACUGAAGUCGUGAGAGAAACACGAGAGAAGAGCGAAGGACGGCAGGCGAGCGAGGGAUCGGUACGAUGCCGGCGGUUUGGUUCGCCCUCAAGAGGUCACUGGACUGCAAGUCGAGUCGUCAGUCGGAUGUUCAUGAGCCGAAGUCGAGAGGCCUCAACAACAUCGUCGUGAGGAGGCCGAGGUGCGGUUGCUCGAAGUCGAUGUCGCAUCUCAGAGAUGUUGUCCAUGGAAGCAAGAGGCAGGCUGCUCAGAAGCCGCCGAGCUGCAGCCCAAGAUCCAUCGCCAGCAGUGAAUUCAUCAACCCCAUAACCCAUGAAGUGGUCUUCAAUAAUUCGAAAUGCGAGAUCAAGAUCAUGGGCGUCGGAGGCAAAGUCGGCGGGAAUCACAGCAGGAGUGAUUCGACUUUCGUCGGGACACUUCAUCCCGGAACGCCUGGUCCUAGAGGCCAGUACACGGUUCCAAGCAGUUACAGUUGCCCAAGGUCGACGAGUACUCCCUCAGGGAAGAUUGGCGGGAGUUCGGCCACGUCUGGCGGUUCCAGAAGCAGUGGUUUCCCAAAGUCCAGGACUAUGGUGGGCCCUGAUGCUCAUUCGGGAUCUUCAGUUCUCAUCUGCCACAAGUGCGGGGAGCAAUUCAAGAAGUUGGAUGCUGUUGAAGCUCAUCAUCUCUCCAAACAUGCUGUAACUGAACUAAGUGAUGGAGAUUCAUCCAAAAAGAUAGUGGAAAUAAUCUGCCAAACGAGCUGGUUGAAGUCUGAGCACAGCAGUUGUGGACACAUUGAGAGGGUCUUGAAAGUCCACAACAUGCAAAGGACCCUCGCCCGGUUCGAAGAAUAUCGAGAGAUGGUCAAGAUCAGAGCCAGCAAGUUAUCCAAGAAGCACCCCCGCUGUAUGGCUGAUGGGAACGAGCUCCUAAGAUUCUAUGGCACGGCCGUGGCUUGCUCGCUCGGUGCCAAUUCCUCCGGCCUAUGUGAUCUCAGCAAUUGUGCCGUUUGUCGGAUUUUGAGACACGGUUUUCCUUCGAAGAAGGAAUUGGCUGGUGGUGUAGGGAUUUUUACUUCAUCCACGAGCGGAAGAGCCUUCGAAUCGAUCAAAUUAGGUGAUGGAGAUGAGCGCCUCAGGAAGGCUCUGGUGGUUUGCAGAGUAAUUGCUGGGCGAGUCCACAAGCCUGUUGAAAAUAUUCACGAAAUGGCGAGCCUAUCCGGCUUCGAUUCAUUGGCUGGGAAAGUUGGUCAGUAUUCAAGCAUCGAAGAACUUUAUUUAUGGAAUCCGAGAGCUCUCUUGCCUUGCUUCGUGGUAAUUUGCAAAAUCUGAAACGGGAUUGAAGUGGGGGCUAUAAAAGAAAAAUCUUCCAGUUUCCAGACAUGGACAGUUCUUCUGCAACAUUUGUAAUGCUUCUUCUAACAGAUGCAAUAAUAAUAUUGAUUUUAUUCUUAU